AUGGAACGGACUGUUUCGGGCCAGGUCAUUGGCCCCGCUUGGGAAGCUCCCCAGCUUUUGGCUUCCUCUCAUGCCCACGAGACCGAAGGUUGCGGGCGGAAGUUCAGGGUCCCACUAGUCUGCGUUGGGGAAGAGGCUGGAAGGCAUAACCAUGCUUGGUGCAGGCAGCUGGCUAAGACUUUCACUUUUCUAAACACAAGAUCGAUUAUGUACUUCUGGAAGAUGAAACUUGUACUUCUCAUUAAUAAUGUUGAGACUUUCCGCGACGCGUCCCCUUUCGCGCUGAGGCAGUCGCAUAGAACUGGACAACACACCAAGUUGGUCGAUUGGAUCGUAUUGAACCCAGGAACAGGCGCGACGCAUCAAGAUCCAUCGGAUCCCAUAACCAAAUUCUUCCAACCUCUUUUCGAGCAACCAGAAUACCUGUGCCAUCUGAAACUUCGACGGUCGUGCCCCGUGGAAGCACCACACACUGAAUGGCUCAUGCUAUAUGCCCAAGAGAGGCAAUCUCUGACAUCGUUCUUAGCUUGGAACUCUGCCGAUGUGCGCACUAAAUUCAUCAACUCUGCCGAGUUCCAGUCUCUUACCGAGAUCCUCGCCGCCUGGAGUUCCGAGCGAUCGGUCCAAGUAUCUAUGAUCGAUCUCUCUCAGACAGUUGGGGACGCGUUCGGUGGCGGUGCGUUCCAGACCCAGUACGUUGGUCCAAUCGAGUACUACGAGCUCAUGGCCGUGUACUUCCCUGAGGAUCUGGCGGGUUCGCACAUCAAGGAGCUGAACCGCACCAAUCCAUACAACCUAGGGAUUCUGAUUGGCUCCGAUAUGUACCCCCUGGCAGGGUUGACGGAUUGGCAGCAUGGAUGGCUCGAUCGACCCGUGCUCUUCCAAGGUCGACGUGCCCGAUGCCUCAUCUACUUGUUGCGAUGGGAGAAUCCCGACCGCGAGCACGAGUAUAAGAAUUUCCGCGUUACGAUGAAAGGGAAAUUUUUAGAUUACUGGGAACAGUUUCUGACCCCGUUGAAGCAAAAUAGGAUGCUCGGCUACGAAUCGCAACAUGCAUCAUUUAUCAGACAGCCGGCAACCGCUAUUCGGUCCGGACUGCAGAACCUCAUCUAUCCUGAAGUACACGAUGUAGGAUAUACAGUCCGCACGGUGUUGAAUGCCGUUCAAACACCAUCCGCCAUUCCUGAGAUUAGAUCCUGCCAAUCUGCAAGAUGUUGUCAAGAAGGAUUUUCACAGUGCAUUGUCUGUCGUUGUUUCCUCUUCAUCUUCAAGGUCCAGGAGAUUUGGAUUCGUAAAGUGGCUUCCGUGCUUCAGACCGUAGCCUUCAGCUAUAGAGGAGCUGAUAUUACCCCUCGUGCUAGCGAAGAUCGUUCUGGCCCUCACAGAGCCAGCGACGUCCCGAGACCAAUCACAUGCAGGCAGAUACAUGGCUGUAGCAGAUCAUGCGUAACUGUCUGCGUUUAG